UAUCGGGAGAAAAUUAUGCUGAAUUUUUUAAUAUGCGACUUAAAUUCCCAAAUAAAUGUAUAAACGAAUCUCAAACGGGGAUUCAUGCAAUUUCACGUUCGACUAAAAUGAACAGCAUGUUCUAUUGUAGAGAAUGUGUUCCCAUUACAAACAAUAAUUACAUUGGCAAAACGUCAUUCACUAAAAUUAGAUUUGAUCCAUCCUCGCUAAAAGUCACAGGAGACGAUUAUACCUUUUCAAAGCGAAUUAAUGACAAUUUCGUACCUUACGCGACCGCCGGAGAUUGCUUUAGUUUAUCAUAUUGCCCUCAGGGAUCAUUUAGCAUUGAUCUUAAUGGAACUGGUUUUGCCGUUUCUAAUAAAACGCAUUGGAAUAAAUACGGGAACCGCGCCUCUGUUAAAAUACUCAUUGAAAAAAAUUAUACUAGAAUAUAUGGGAUAUGUGGUGGUUAUUGCGGUAAAUGCACCCCUUUUAGAAAAACCGGUUUAAUUUUAAUGAUUGACACUUCCUGAGCAGCAUUUUUUUUAUUUUUUCGUAUUUAUUAAAUUUAUCGAAAA